GGUGCAUCUCACUGUUCCUAGCGGCACAGCAGGGAGAGAUGAGCGGGUUUGGGGGGGCUUUUUGGGGGACGCGGGCGCUGGAGAUCGUGAAGCGGAACAAUUCGCCCGGUCUUCUGUGGAAGAGGAUCAAGCUCACCACCACCCGCAAGGCCAACGCCAAGAAGCGCCUCCGCCGCGUGUGGCAGAAUGAGGCAGUCUUCAGAGUUUGUUCUGAACCACCAUCAGCAAAAAUAUCAAAUAGUGCUACUGCAGUUAAGGGAGGACAUAAGUAGCCUGGAAACCGGAUCCGGAGGAUAUUGAGCAUCCAAUAGGCCCUCAAAGGGUUUGCUUUCAUGAUUCGAAGCUUCAUGCAACCAAAUAUUCUUCUUUGUCCAAUUUCUAAUUAAGAGAACUUUGUUGAUUCUCCUUGGAUUAGGAGGAUGUCAAUAUGUUAGCGUUGUAUUAGUCCUUUUUCACUAUUAAUUUGGGUUUCCAAUAUGAUCCAUCUUCUAAAGGUUGUUAUCUUCUUUUGAUCCUUAUUAAAGCCACUAGAUUUGAUUCUCUUGUUAGCUA